AUGGUUGAAUCCUACAGGACUGCAACAUUUACUCUUCUUCUCAUAUGCCUCAUUUAUACAGGUGCAGGAGAUGCGUCACAUCAGAAGGAUCUUAUUCAACCCCAUGAAAAGCACCUAGAAGGGGUUCCAGUAUUUAUCCAGCAACCGGAAAGUACCUACUAUGCAUGGAGGGGAAAGCCUGCGGUUUUUGAAUGCACUGCAGAACCGGUCUCACACGCUGUUGUCUUCUGUGCAGACAAAACAUUUCCAUAUAUGGGAAAUGAGCAUACCAGUGAAGAGAGACUUCAGGUUACUCGACUUGACUCCAAUGGAAAUUUGGACGCCGAUGGGCCACGCUGGCAUUUGAGUCUGCCUGUUCGAACGAAAGACUUGGAGGAGUGGUUUGACGCCUAUAUUUGCACCUGCGAGGUUUGGAACCUAAUACCCGCAUUGAAACAAGUCAAGAAGGUGUUCAGCCGCAACGCUACUAUCAUUGAAGCCUGUAAGUUACUAACACACCAAAAGCUCAGUGCCACUAGUUACUUUGCAGAAGCAGCCGGAAACAAACAAGCUUGUCAACAUAGGUUGCGACAAUUUAUUUGCAUUUUGCGUAAUCAGCCGAAAUUUACCGUAAAUGGGAAUGUAGGAGUUCUCAUUGUGGUAUAA